AUGUCAACCGGACAAGCGCCGGAGAAGUCUAGCUUUUCCCGGAGAUGUACUUUGCUCAGCCGCUACUUGAAGGAGAAGGGAAGUUUCGGGAAUAUAGAUAUCGGGUUGGCUCGAAAAUCAGAUCUUGAGCUCGUCGGAAAAUCCGAUCUUAUAGGUCAACAAAAUGGCAUGAAGAAGGCAGAAACUUCGGAGAUCACACCCUUCGGUCUGAUUCAGAAGCUAUCCGUCGGUGAGGCCUCAACCUCUUCAGGAGGCAAAGCCACAUAUACCAAUCUCAGCAUCAGUGAACCGGCAAAGGUAGUACCGGAGCCUGGAAAUUCUCAGUUGACCAUAUUCUUCGGCGGAAGAGUUAUAGUUUACAACGAGUUUCCUGAGGACAAAGCAAAGGAGAUAAUGGAAGUAGCAAAAGAAGCGAAUCCUGUUGUUGUUGAUUCCAAGAACACUCAUAAACACAUGAACCUCGACAUGAACGUUAGCAACCAAAGCAAUAUUGAGAUUCCUGAUCUAAACGAGCCAUCGAGUUCUGAGAACAACGAAGAUCAUCAAACAGGUCAACCUCAUCAGGCUGUGGAACGCAUUGCAAGAAGAGCCUCUCUUCAUCGAUUCUUUUCUAAACGAAAAGACAGGGCUGUGGCUAGAGCUCCAUAUCAAGUGAACCAAAACAGUGGUCAUUAUCCUACCAAGCCAGAGAUGGUCGGUCCAUCGGUCGAGCCAGGACAAUCCUCGCGACCGCCUGUGACUCCUCCGAAACCAAAGAGACAUAACGAUGUGUCGAUGGAAGUGGACGAAAAAGAAAGAAAUGGCUCGAAAGAUCUCGACCUCAAGCUUUAG